UGGAAAAUGAGACGCGCCGGUUUAAUCAAACCGCUUCUGCGUAUAAAUAACAACAAAUCAAGGAUCUGGAGAGAAAACUACGCUACCCAAGUGGACACAAAUUUGGCCGAGUGUACGCUGGACCCCAAGGAAUAUGUGGACUUUAAGCGGCAACUGCGACAAAUCAACUUGCCCCACAAGGACGGGCACACGUGCUUGCAGCUGGAGUGCCGAUUAUGUGAACGCAACAGGCCGACGCCGGCCCCAGCAACGGGCUUCCAAAAAAGCACAGACCAUGGCGGACUGCUGGCUUACGUAAACAAGAGGACGGGAGCCUUUAUGUGCCCAAAUUGCGAUGUGAAAACCUCGUUGGCUAAUGCCCUGGCUGCUUAUCAGCUCUCCCCGCCGGUUGGCUACAAGAGACAGCCGCAAAGGCAGCCGCUAUACGAAUCCCGCUUUCCGCACCUCAUCGAUGUAACCCAGGAAGCCUGCGAGGCUCUGGGUAUCAAGGGUCUGAAGGAGGCUGCCCACCUGACCGCCAUCGGAGCCCAAUGGGAGCCGCAGAAGCAGCUAUUGCACUUCAGGUUGCGCAAUGCGUCGCAACAAGUUGUCGGCGAGAAGGUGCUAUAUCUCGAAGAUCGACGUGAGGAGACCUUCCAGGGCAGCUCCAGCUCUGGUCUCCUGAUCCAUGGAGCCGGAAACAAAACCAAAGCCAUUCUAGUCAGCAAUCUCCUUGAUUUUAUUGUUCUCGCCACGCAAAACAUUGAAACGCAUUGCAUUGUCUGCCUGCCAUACGAGUUGAAUAUGCUGCCGCAGGAGUGCUUGCCCGGUUUGGAGCGCUUUAAGGAGCUGGUAUUCUGGCUGCACUACGAUGCCAGUCACAGCUGGGACGCAGCUCGAGCGUUCGCUCUCAAAAUGGAUGAGCGACGGUGUCUGUUGAUUCGACCCACAGAAACGGAACCGGCGCCACAUCUGGCUCUCCGUCGUCGUCUUAACCUGCGUCACAUUGUCGCCAAGGCAACGCCAGUGCGUCACAAGGCCAUCACCACGUUUGGGGCGAUGCGAAAUGACAUUCUCAGCGAGCUGCAGAACAUCGAGAAGGUGAAUGGAGUGAAGUGGAAACGAUUCCCAGUGCUAAACAAACUGCUCAAGGGUCAUAGGAGAGGGGAGUUAACCAUACUCACUGGGCCGACGGGCAGUGGCAAGACGACGUUUAUGAGCGAGUACUCCCUCGACCUGGCCAUGCAAGGCGUUAGUACGUUAUGGGGCUCCUUUGAGAUCCGCAACACACGCUUGGCGGCCACAUUGUUGCGCCAAUAUGUUGGAUAUCCGUUGGACGACAGGCUGCAGGAGUUUAAUCACUGGGCCGAGGAAUUCGAGCGCCUGCCACUCUACUUUAUGACCUUUCAUGGCCAGCAACCACUAAAACCUGUGCUGGAGGCCAUCGAGCACGCAUCCUAUGUCCAUGACGUGAUGCAUGUGAUUAUCGACAACCUACAGUUCAUGAUGGGAGUGUCCACGUAUCGGGGCGACAAGUUCUGGGAACAGGACGCGAUAAUAGCUGCUUUUCGAGGCUUCGCUACCAAGCACAACGUUCAUGUUACGCUGGUCAUGCACCCGCGUAAAGAGCGGCAGGAGGACGAACUGACCACCAGCUCGGUUUUCGGAACAGCAAAAGCCACCCAAGAGGCAGACAACGUUCUGAUCAUCCAGGAUAAGAGACUAACAUCAGUGAGGGGCAAGAAAUACCUGCAGAUUGCCAAGAAUCGUUAUUGCGGUGAUCUGGGUAUCAUGCCGCUGGAAUUUGAUAAGGAUGCCCUCAGUUACUCCACUCAAGUCCAGAACGCCAAGCGGCGUCGAGAGCAGCGUGAAAAGACGGCCACAACAGAGGCGUCAUCUAUGUAAAUCUGGGCUUAUUAUUAUUAUAAUUCGUUUGUCUAUGGCUAGUUUAGGCUUAAGCGUAUCCUUUGAUAAAAGACAUCACGUUGA